AUGUAUGAUGACUAUUUCGUGCAUAAGAGGAAUGCGGCCGGAACCCUUGGACUAUCUUGUUUGCAGAAGGUGGUGGCGGCUUUUCGGAUGUUAGCUUAUGGAGUAGCAGCUGAUGCCAUGGAUGACUAUAUCCGUAUUGGGGAGACUACUGCUCUAGAAAGUCGUAGAAAGUUUGUCAGAGCUGUUGUUAAGGUAUUUGGACAUGAAUACUUGAGGUUGCCCAAUGAGGAUGAUACUGCCAGAUUACUUGCGAUUGGUGAGAGUAGAGGUUUUCCUGGCAUGCUUGGUUCUAUUGAUUGUAUACACUGGACCUGGAAGAAUUGUCCUUAUGCAUGGCAAGGUUCGCACAAUGAUCUAAAUGUUCUUCAAAGAUCUCCUAUAUUUGCAAGGCUUGCUGAAGGUCAAGGGCCACACACAAACUAUGGCCAAUUUAUUUGCAAGCAACCAGGAGGUCCCAACUAUGAAAAUUUAGUUUUUAUGGCUUCACCCAACGACCAAGCUGUUGAGUGCCAAUAUGCUGCCAGAGUGUCAGUUGACAUCCAAAGAGCAAGAGCGGCGCAGUUGGGAUCUCACCGGCACUCGGCAGAGGCUGUCCAUGACGAGGAUGAUUCGGCCGUGCGGCAGGGCAGUGAUUCAGAGGAAGCCGCCUCUCCAUGGGGAAGCGCCUCCGCUGGAGCAGUAGGGAGCGGCUCACAACAAAGACAAAAACGACGACUCAGAUGGGGCUCCGGCGCUGAAGUGGUUCACGACGAAGAGGAAAAGGGCGACUCCAGAGCGGCUCAUAUGGAUACAACGAGAUGGGGAAUUGUGGAAUCGAGCGGGUCGUGA